CGUGAAUGCCUAUCUAUCCACGUUGGUCAGGCUGGUGUUCAGAUUGGCAAUGCAUGCUGGGAAUUGUAUUGUCUUGAACAUGGGAUCCAGCCUGAUGGUCAUAUGCCUAGUGAUAAAACUACGGGAAGUGGAGAUGAUUCUUUUAAUACCUUCUUCAGUGAGACAGGAGCUGGUAAACAUGUUCCCAGAGCAGUGUUUGUGGACCUAGAGCCAACCGUAGUUGAUGAAGUACGUACAGGCACUUAUAGGCAGUUAUUCCAUCCUGAGCAGCUCAUUACUGGGAAAGAAGAUGCAGCCAAUAAUUAUGCCAGAGGCCAUUACACCAUUGGAAAAGAGAUUGUUGAUCUAGUGCUAGACCGCAUUCGCAAACUGGCAGAUCUGUGCACAGGGCUGCAAGGUUUCCUUAUCUUUCAUAGUUUUGGAGGAGGCACUGGUUCAGGGUUUGCAUCUCUGCUCAUGGAAAGGCUCUCUGUUGACUACGGCAAAAAAUCUAAACUAGAGUUUGCAAUUUAUCCAGCACCACAAGUUUCCACUGCUGUAGUGGAACCUUACAACUCAAUUCUAACUACCCACACAACAUUAGAGCAUUCAGACUGUGCCUUCAUGGUAGAUAAUGAAGCCAUUUAUGAUAUAUGUCGUCGUAACCUUGACAUUGAACGUCCUACUUACACCAAUUUAAACCGAUUAAUUGGGCAAAUAGUUUCAUCCAUCACAGCUUCGCUGCGUUUUGAUGGAGCCCUCAAUGUAGAUCUGACAGAAUUUCAAACUAACCUUGUUCCAUACCCACGAAUCCAUUUCCCCCUGGUAACAUAUGCCCCUGUCAUCUCUGCUGAAAAAGCGUAUCAUGAGCAGUUAUCUGUGGCUGAAAUUACCAGUGCUUGCUUUGAACCAGCGAACCAGAUGGUAAAAUGCGACCCUCGCCAUGGCAAAUACAUGGCCUGCUGUAUGUUAUACAGAGGUGAUGUUGUGCCCAAAGAUGUCAAUGCAGCUAUUGCUACUAUCAAGACUAAACGUACCAUUCAAUUUGUGGAUUGGUGCCCAACUGGAUUCAAGGUGGGAAUUAACUAUCAGCCUCCAACUGCGGUGCCAGGUGGUGACCUUGCAAAGGUGCAGCGGGCUGUAUGUAUGCUGAGUAAUACAACUGCUAUCGCUGAAGCAUGGGCUCGCCUCGACCACAAAUUUGAUCUUAUGUAUGCUAAGCGUGCCUUUGUACAUUGGUAUGUUGGGGAAGGAAUGGAGGAAGGAGAAUUUUCUGAAGCCCGGGAAGAUCUUGCUGCCCUUGAGAAAGAUUAUGAAGAAGUUGGUGUAGACUCAGUAGAAGCAGAAGCUGAAGAAGGAGAUGAGUAUUUAGAAAACUGAAGUCUGGAAAAAUUUAUUAAAAAAAAAAUUGCAGAACCCCGUUCACUUGUUUGAUUGUUUUCAAAUAAAGUUUUAAAGGUUCUACCUUCUGUUUUUUUCUUCUUUACUAUUUAUGUGUAUACUCACUAAGGACAGACCAUUUGAAAU